UUUCUUUCUUCCCUCCUUUCUUCUUCUUCUCUUCCUCCUUCUUAUUCCUCCUCCUCUUCAUCUUAUGGCAUCCUUCCUUUCUUCUUCCCUCCUUCUUUUUCCUUCUUCUUCCUCCUCUUCAUCUUAUGGCAUCCUUCCUUUCUUCUUCCUUCUUUCGAUCGUCUUCUCCACCUUCAUCUACCUACCCCUCUUCCUCUUCUGAUGGUUUCCUUCCUUCCUUUUCCUCCUCUUCUUCUUUCUCAUCUUCUUCUUACGAUGUUCUUCUCUUCUUUCUUCAUAUUCCUCCUCCUUUUCAUCUUAUGGCCUCCUUCUUUUCUUCUUCUCCCUCCUUCUUUCCUUCCUUCCUUCUUUCAUUGCUUGCUUGCUCCUGCCUUCUUCUUACCCCUCUUCUUCUUCUGGCUUCCUUCGUAUUUUCCCUUCUCCUCCUCCUCGUCCUCUUAAGGUCUCUUUCCUUUCUUCCUCUUUUUCUCUUUCUUUCUUCUUUUGGUCUACUUCCUUCCUUUCCUUCUUCUCUUCCGUCUUCAUAUUCCUCUUCAUCGUAUGGCCUUCCUUUCCUCUUCUUCCUCCUCCCUCCUUUUCUUCUUCUUCUCCUCCUUCUCCUCUUCUGGUCUCAUUCAUUCUUCUUGUGGUCAUCUGCUUCAUCUGGCUUCCUUCCUCCCUCCUUAUUUCUCCUCUUGUUCUUGUCUCUUUCAUCCCUUCUUAUUCCUCUUCUUGUGGUCUUCUCUUCAUCUGGCUUCCUUCUAUUUCUCCUCCCCCCUUCUUAUGGUCUCCAUCCUUCCUGUUCCUCCUCUUCUUUUUCUCAUCUUUUAUGGUCUCCUUCCAUCCUUUUUAUUCCUCUUCCUCUCUCCAGAGGAGGAAUAGUUUUCCUUCCUAUUCUUCCUCUUCUUCUUUCUCAUCUUCUUCUUAUGAUCUUCUUUUCCUUCUUCAUAUUCCUCCUCCUUUUCAUCUUAAGGCCUCCUUUCUUCUCCUUCCUCCCUCCCUUCCUUGCUUGCUUGCUUUUUAUUUCUCCUCCUCCUCCUCUUCUUUGGGUCUUCGUCGUUCUUGUGGUCUUCUCCUUCAUCUUCCUCAUUAUUAUUUCUCCUCCUCCCCUUCUUAUGGUCUCCUUCCUUCCUGUUCCUUCUCUUCUCCUUUCAUCUUUUAUGGUCUCCUUUCAUCCUUUUUAUUUCUCCUUCUCCCUUCUUCCUCAUCUGAUGGUUUCCUUCCGUCCUUCCUUCCUUCCCUCUCUGGGCUCCUGUUACAAAUUAAAGCUAUUAAAAAAACCACACAUUUAAAACAUUAUUUCCAACCCAUGCCCAUAUACAUAUUUUAGGCAUUUCUGCAUUUUAUUUCUCUCCUUCC